UCAGCUGACAGGCACACCCUUAGCAAGGCUCAUGCAAAGCACUAAGUUUGUUAAAACCUUGAGCUGAAAACAAUUUCUGUGUGCAAUACAAUAUUCAUUGGGUCAGUGGCAGCAGAAAAAGAAUGGCUGAAGUGAUAGUGGAACGGAGACAUGAGUUUACCCUCCAUGCGAUGGUUUAGGGUUUAAGUGGCUGCAUUGAGGGGUUUUUCAUGGCGAUGACAUCGUGUUCGAAGAGAGAUAAGAUUUUAGAUUUGACGCAGGUUUAGGGAGCCGGAAAGUGCAUUGAUAACAGUUUUGUUUUGGGGUCCAUGGCGGCAUUAGAAUUUGAAGCGGAGAAUGAUGAUGGGUUUGUAUUCAAGGUCCGCAAGAGGCAUUUAGAGUAUACAAGUGUUUCCCCUCUGGAUACAAUGGAACCUUUGAAGGCACUGGUGAAGGAAAGACAUUCUCAUGAAGAUCCGGAACCUGUUGCAGGACACCCAUGUGAUUUAGAGAAGAAAGCAAAGAGGUUGUUGACACUCAAAGAAAUGUAUGAAGCCGAGUUAGAGGCGUGGAAGAAAUUAGAAGCAGCUGCUGUACCGCUGGUUUUCGAAGAGCCACUCUCAAAUUCUGAUACACCACUUUCAAGUCCUGAGCAGGAUCCACAUGCGGAGUUUUUGAAGGAACUAAAAAUUGAGGUCGAAAACAUGGAGGAGUAUAUCAAGCGGCUGCAGGACCACAUUGUGCUCGCAGAAAGCACGUAUAAACUGCGUGUGAAGGAAAUGCGAGAGGAUGCCAACUUUCGGCCAGCAGAUCAGAUUGUUCUUGCUCUCACUGACCAAGCUACAUCCGAUGUUGAUGUUCUAGCAACCCAAGGAUCACUGAGUUCGUCCGCAUCACUGAAUGAUCUGUAAACACCGACUGAGAGGCUGCAAAAGAUAUUCUGAUUAUGCACCACCCUGCAUUUUGCCCCUGGUGGUCGUGACAAGUUUGUCCUCCUUGGUUUACGCAGAGCAAUUAGACAAGGGUUUCACCUACUCCAGAUAGAAAGGAAUACUCUCUAGGCCAUAAUCCAGGGCUCGUACGAGGCUUUGAUUUAUUCCUGGGGCCUAUCUUCAGGAGCUCUAGCAUUAGUGUUCCAAUAGAAACGAACUGUACAAUAUAGUCGUCCAAAUUUUAAAAUUUAGUGAUACUUUUCUGGGGGCUACAUUGUUAGGUUAUUCAUUUGUAGAACGACGUGGAGUCAUUCUUUUCUCUUCACAUGUGUCGGAGGGUGAUAUUUUGCAAUACUACAACACAUACCAGCUUCAAGCUGAAUCUUGAGUUGUCAAUGUUUAGACAAUGGAUCGAAGAUAGUAAGCGACCUGAGGUUCGUUGCAAAUAAAUUGCACCUUGAACA